AUGGCAUCAAACGAGUAUGACAGCCUCCACAAAGAGGUGUACGACGAGGUAUACUCGUAUCUGGAGAGAAAGGAUCGAGAAUCUCUUCGCUUUGCGCCCGUUGGAACGGCCGAGCUGGUCUUCCACACGGACAAACUUCGGCGGUUCUUUCGCAGCUUGCUCGAGCCAGGACGUACGAUACUCGACCAGUUCAAGGCUACCGAGGACGAGCUUGUUGAAAUAACGAAGGAAAGGCGUCUUCAUCGAUUUCUUAUCGUGCUGGUUAUCGCUGGGUGCUCUGUGAGAUCGGCGAGGAUUGCCACUGGGGUUCUCCUUGCCGACGAUGAGUCUGCGGUUGGAAGAAAUGGAACUAGAAUACCCUCGCUGCCCGCAAAUAGGGAGGACCUUAAGGUGCUUUUUGGUGGAGACGAAGUCGACGCCGAUAAAUUUCUCGGAAAGCAAGCAUACUUCUGUCCCAUCAUCAUCAACCGCAGGACAGAAAUGAGAUUCGACGCAACAGAUCACCUCCGACUCCCAUACUUGGAAGAGCAGCCAAUGGGAAAGGGCUUCUUUGGGCAGGUCUUCAAGGUCAAGAUAGCCAAGGGUCAUCUAUACGACCCCAUUCACGGAAGUGCGAAUCUGGAUCCGACGGAGGUGGCUCGCAAAGACUACCAGGUCAGUAACGAAUUCGAUCCGGCGGCAGAGCGCGAGAUAAUGGAAAUGAUUCAUGCGAGUUCUGCGUGGGAAUGCCCGAAUAUUCUCCGAAACAUGGGCAGCCUCGCGUUCGGUCCAAGGUCAUAUAGCCUCUUCAUGCCUCUUGCAAUAUGUGACCUCCGAGCAUAUAUGAUGGAUCACCAUCAAUCGCGUCCGAACAGUAUCGCGGAGAAAAUGGAUAUCAUUCGUUGUGCCGUGGGUCUUGCGGGCGGCCUCCACUUUCUUCACCAUGAGAUGAAAACCCCAAAGAUGGAGCAGCUCGUCUGUUAUCACAUGGAUUUGAAACCUAGCAACAUUUUGAUUUUCAGCGAGCCUGGAAGAGAUGGCAGGAUACGUAACAUUUGGAGGAUCAGUGACUUUGGCAUGUCGUGCAUGAAGAUUCGUCGCUCCAAGGGUGGCUUUGAAGCAGAGAGGAACGUCAACCGAUGGUUUAUACGUCGACCGGAGCCAGAUACAAAGGAUCCAUCCCUGUCCGGCACCUUGAAUCGAAGAGCGGAGGGCACCUACCUAGCUCCGGAGGCCGAUUCUCCAGAUCGCGUGAUGAAGUCGAAUAGUGAUGUUUGGUCCCUUGGCUGCGUCCUAAGCGUUCUCUUCGCCUACAUGGAGGAUGGAAGGGAGGGUGUUAUCCAAUACGCAGACGAGCGCCUCCGAUGCAACGAGGCUGGUGCUUCCGACAAGUUUGCUGUCCGCGGGUUUAGGGGCACAAAGCCAAACCCGGCAAUUGGUAAGAUACAUGGCUAUCUCACCAAGCGAGCGAAUGGACGCAGCGGCCGUGAAGGAGCUAUAGUGGAUGACUCCUUGUCCUAUAUCGAAAAGCAUGUUGUGCAAAUCGACCAGUCCAAACGUAAAGGUGCGAAAGACGUCGCAGACAUGCUUGAGACUACAUUCAAAGGAUACAACAAAUUAGCAGAAGACCGUCACAGCAGUUUGCUGAAAGAAUUUACAGAGUCGCGAGGCUACCGCGUCCGGCAGCAGAUCCUGGCAAAACUACCGCGCAAAGACCCAGAUGCACCAUUCACAACUGUGGACCAAUGGUAUCUUUCCGAAGCCGAGGCCUUCAAGGGCUGCCAGAUAUCUCCAGACUGUUCGUUUGUUGCGUACUGGACAGACCGCAAGAUCUUGCUCUACCAGACACACUCGCUCGGCUUUGUAAAGGGAGAUAGUGUCUCAUGCGUUGGACAGUUCACACUGAGAAGGGAUAAUUGCUUCUGGGAUAGUGUUCGCUUGACGGAUAAGUACUUGGUUGCUUCCACGACGGAAGCUACUUUUCAUUGCGUGGUAUUCGACCUUCAGAAACAACGUAGCCUCGAUAGUCAUUAUCCAGUGGAGUUACCACAGCCAGCAAUACGGAAAAUCGCCAUAUCCCCAAAUAGUUCAACACUGGCAUGUGUUGUGAAGGCCAGCGACGACGAACGCAAGCCCGGAUCUCUCCUGCUCUUCCGUCUUACGAGAACUGACCCAACAUCGUCCGCGGAGCGAUGGUGGAAGCGUACGCUAAGGUGGCCGGCUGGUCACAUUGCGAGGCUUUUCUUUAGCACCGCCGAAGAUGUUUAUCUCGUCGUCCGACCUCAGCUCACUAUUCCAAGCACCGACCACAAAGUGUACGUUGUUCAUGUCAAUAUCAUCACUAAGGACAUGCAUUGCCUGCCAAUCGAACCACGGGGUCUGGAUAGCAGCAGCACCGCGCGGCUUUUCACAACCUUGGCCCCCUUCCACAACAGGCCCACCAUGUGUGCCGUUGUUACGCGAGAGAAGCAAUUACACAUACAGGAUCUGGCGGCUGAAAAUACAAUGACUCCUAUUCGAAAGGAUAUCAAAAAUUAUCGAGUGCUUAAAUUGAUGAUGAGUUCUCAAGACGACAAGCUGUAUGCAGUCGCUCGCCAUCCGGUUAACUAUAAGAUCCUGCUGGUGGAGCUGACUGUACCCCGGUCCAACGAGGAUGAGGUCCGCUUUAGAGAACUGACAACCCUCCCAAAUCUGGCGGAAGACGACCAAUUCACAGAAAGGCUCCAUGAUACGACCGAUGGAAAGGGCAUCCUUCUUGCAUCGCUGGUCGGUGCCGGUCGUCGCGCGAUCCACAGAAUCUUGUUCAAUGAAGCAACGAACUAA